GCCCAGGGUUUCCUCUUCAAGUAGGUUAAAACAUUUUUUUUUUUUUUCGCACUAACUUCCUUCCUGUCUUAACUGCCAGUACUCAGAAGUCAGAGUUGAGAGAUAGAGGCAGCACGGACAGAAACAAGAAGCCUUGAAUAUCAAGAUGACUGAGAAAGACGCAGAGCCACAGUUGGAGGAAGGGGAGGACGACAUAGACAGCAAGCUCAACUACAAGCCCCCACCCCAGAAGUCCCUGAAGGAGCUGCAGGAGAUGGACAAAGACGACGAGAGCCUGGCCAAGUACAAGAAAACCCUGCUGGGCGACGCUCCUGUGGUAGCAGACCCAACAGUCCCCAAUGUGACUGUUACCCGGCUUUCCCUGGUUUGUGACAACGCGCCAGGGCCAAUCACCAUGGACCUUACUGGGGAUCUGGAAGCCCUCAAAAAGCAAACCUAUGUGCUAAAGGAAGGCAUUGAAUAUAGAGUCAAAAUUAACUUCAAAGUGAACAGGGAUAUUGUGUCAGGCCUGAAAUAUGUCCAGCAUACCUACCGAACUGGGUUAAAAGUGGAUAAAGCAACGUUUAUGGUUGGCAGCUACGGGCCUCGGCCACAGGAAUAUGAGUUCCUCACUCCAACAGAGGAGGCUCCUAAGGGCAUGAUGGCCCGAGGCACCUACCACAACAAGUCUUUCUUCACCGAUGACGACAGACAAGAUCACCUCACCUGGGAGUGGAACUUGACCAUUAAGAAGGACUGGACAGACUGAGCACCCCCGCACUCACUCCACCAGGAAGAAUUCUCCAGGCCAUGUCCAUCACCCUGUCUCUCUGUUCAUGGAUGGGUCCCUUCUCUCUCACCCAUCACGUGUCCUCAGUGACACAUCUUAUCCCACCCUGCCUCUCCCAGUGCUUCCCGCACAUGAGGCUUUAAACCAGGCUUUAACGGUGCCAGACCCCUAGGAUCGCCCCCCUGCCUCCAGCGGGGCCAGACCCCCCACGAUCUCCUGCUCUCCUGUCCUCAUUUGAGCAGCUAGAAACCAGGAGAUGGACAAAUUCCCACUACCACUCCCUCUGCCUUGCGGUCAGUAGUUCGUCCCUGUCCUGGGUUGUCCAGCCCCGGGACUCCCUUCUCAGCUUCCCUUCUCAGCUUCCCUGCCACUUGGGGCCCUUCUUCCAUGAGAAACACUGUAAACAGCACAAGAGAAUAAGAAUAAAACCACUGUAUGUGUGACUGAGA